CUAUAGCGCCCUCUAACAAUUUGUCUGCCUCUUUUAAUGGUGGACACCGUAACAUUGAUUCAGGAUGUUGAUGCCGAAAAAGAAUCGUGUUGCUAUUUACGAACACUUGUUCAAAGAAGGAGUGAUGGUUGCCAAGAAAGAUUGGAACUUGCCAAAGCAUCCGGAACUCGAUGUCCCCAACCUACAUGUAAUCAAGGCCCUGACAUCUUUAAAAUCACGUGGCUACGUGAAGGAACAGUUUGCUUGGAGACACUACUACUGGUACCUGUCUAAUGAAGGUAUCCAGUACCUACGUGAUUUCUUGCACCUGCCACCUGAGAUCGUACCAUCUACCCUGAAACGACAAGCACGACCUGAGCAAUCUCGACCAAGACCUAAAAGCUUUGACCAACGUGGCCCCAGCUCCACAUCAGAAGCAGGUCAGAGAGAUAGUUACAGAAGAGGAGGACCUGGUGGUGGACCAGACAAGAAAGGAGAAGCUGGAGCUGGAGCAUCGCCUGCUUUUGAGUUCAAAGGAGGAUUUGGACGUGGUCGGCCUACACAGCAGUAGAAUUCUUGACAGCUUCAAUUCAUCUAACAUCUGUACAUUUUUAUCGAUAAUGUAACAAAUAAAAAAAAUGCCUCACAAGUGAAA